UCAAGAGCCUUUUUUUAGUUUCACAGUCCUCUCACAAUAAAGGUAGAGGGAGUUAUAACUGCCAGCACUCGUCCUGUGUCUGAGUGUGCUCUUGUUUCAACUGCAGGAUCAGAUAAGCAGCCAUGGAUGAUGUAUAUAAAGCAGCGGUUGAGAACUUAACAGAGGAGCAGAAAAAUGAGUUCAAAGCUGCGUUUGAUAUCUUCAUCCAGGAUGCAGAGGACGGCUGCAUCAGUACCAAAGAGUUAGGAAAGGUGAUGAGAAUGCUGGGACAGAAUCCCACUCCUGAGGAGUUACAGGAGAUGAUUGACGAGGUGGAUGAAGAUGGCAGCGGGACAGUAGAUUUCGAUGAGUUCUUGGUGAUGAUGGUCCGCUGCAUGAAGGAGGAGAGCAAAGGAAAAUCUGAGGAGGAGUUGGCUGAACUUUUUCGCAUGUUUGACAAGAAUGGAGAUGGAUACAUAGACUUAGAAGAGCUGAAGUCCAUGCUGGAGUCCACUGGAGAGGCCAUCACUGAAGAUGACAUCGAAGAGUUGAUGAAGGAUGGAGACAAAAACAAUGAUGGCAAAAUUGAUUAUGAUGAGUUCCUGGAGUUCAUGAAAGGAGUUGAAUAAAGGAUUCUACCGGACGCUUCACAUCUUCUAUCUUCUACAUGUGUUGGCAAUAUCAUCAAAGGCCUUCAUGAAUAUAUCUUCACUGGUUUUUCUAAGACUGUACCUUCAAGGCCUUAACAGCUUUUCCAGGAGAUUUCAUUGAAUAAAAUAUUUUUUCUGAAUAAAAAUACUUACAUGUU